GAGUAUGUAUUCUACUUUAAAAAGAUAAUUUCUAACGUUUUAAUCCCUCGUUGAAUUAAAAUUAUUUUAAAAAAACCACCAUAAAAAAAGCCGGCGCACUCAUAGGCGCGAAGUUGUUUACAAUAUCUCGAGUCAGUAUCGUGCAAAUAUCAGAUCGGUCGCCAUUUGCGCCACGGAGGCUCACAAUACGGUCUUGUGUGCGGUGAAAUUAUAGGUUAUAAUUAAUUGUAAUUAAUCACUUAUCAGUGCAAGAAAACGGAAGAAAUUAUACAACAACACAUUCAAAGACUGUUUAAUAAUAGAAAAGAGGAUAAAGGUCGUGAUAUGAUUGUAAAGUGUACCCGAUAUGAAGAUUGAAGAUAGGGUAUACAUAAAUAUAUCAGUGCCUAAAUUACAGAGUCAAUUUAAGUAAAUAAUCUUCGGGAUUCAGUAUAUGGAUAGAAGAUAUAUAUAGUGAGGUAUAUAAGAAUGAAAAUUCCCGAGACGUCAGCUAAUAUUGGUGCUUAUUAUGGCAAUGAGGAGAAUGUACAGUGGCAGCCCAACGGUGUAAUCAUUGACAACGGAGUCGGAGGUGGUAUUGUUGGAAGUGGAGACGCGGGUGUGCAUCGUCCACCCGUAUACCCCGUGCACAUACAGAGAGGACAUAUUCCCGGUUACGUGAUGGCGGAGGCGUACUACCCUCCAGCUUAUCCCGCACCACCUUCACAUGCAGCACCACCUGAUGACUUCGCUGACUACAUGUGGAUGGAGAAUGAGGAAGAAUUUGAUAAACAGGUGAUGCAACAAUUGGAAGAGGAAGCACUAAUGGAGCAAUGUAUAGAGGCGAUGUUAGAGGACGAACAGAGAGAGAGACACAGACCUGUCACUAACGGACAUAAUCAGUAUCCAACGACAAGUAACGGUCAGCCAUCUUGUUCAUUGGAAGAAGCUGUAUCCAAAUCCACAUUGAAUCCAUUGGCCGCUGAAUUUGUACCCACGAGAGUGUUGUCUCCACCAACAACUGAAGAAAAAACUGAGAAUAGAACAGAAGAGAAGCCGACAGAAGAAACACCGAGUCCAAAAGAAGAAGUCGCACCACAAACAGAACCUGUCGAGAGUAAAGAAGAAAUUGUAGAAGAGAAGAAAACUGAAGUAACAUCACCAGAGACAAGCGAAACACCAGAAGUGAGCGCAGCAGAUGUACAACCAAUAGAUAAAAAGAAGGAAGUAAAGAAGAUUGAACAGAAGAAAGUUGUGAAACAGGAUGUUAAAGUGAAAGUGAAACCUGUAGCUGUCAAAUCUGAGACCAAAGUGCAGAAGAAGAAAGAAGUUAAAAAUGUUAAAAGUGAGACAAGAGUUGAAGAGAAGAUUGAAGAUGUUGUUACGGAGAUUGCUAAGCAAUCACCACCACCGGUAACAGAAGAAGUACCAUCUGGUAUAAAACCGAUAAAUUACGCAGCCGCAGCGAAAGCUAAUAAACCUAAAAAAUCAACAACACCACCGAUAACAGAGAAAAUAGUCAAAGAAAAACCUAAACCGAUUGAAAAAAUGGAAAAAAAAGAAAAAACACCCGUAAAAGAUGUCAAAGCGAAGACGGAAAAAACUACCGUACAAAGAAAAAAUUCAACCAAGUGAUGGCGAAAAAAAACUACCAGUUUUUUGCCGUUUUUUCGGUCAGUAUGUGUGAGUUUUUUUUUCGAUUUUUUGUUUUUUUUUUCUUUAUAAUUUUAAUUAGCGUGUAAAGUUGUGAUAUCCACCAUAAAGUAGCAUAUUUUUUUUCGUGC